CCUUGCGUAUAGGCAUAAAAAAAUACGUGAAAGUAAUAAAUGGAGUGUAACUACCACGGAUUACCAUAAAUAAUAAGUAGUUUUGAGGACAACAAGAAAAAUUUUUCAUACACCGUUUCGAUGAGUGUGGCGAUAUUUUAAUGUCGAAAUGGUGCGAGUGUUUUCAAUUUAUCAGUUCGAUGGUCAAAGCAUACAUCGAAUUCCGGAUGAUAUUCUGUCGGCCAGUUUAAUUGAUGCAAAUCAUUUGGCUCUGGCCAAAUCGGAUCAUGUUAUUGAAAUUGUCUCGUUGCAAAGAUCGGAUGAACUGAAUUCGAGACGUUUCACCAGCAUUGAUUCGACCGAUGAAAAUAAUAUUCAUACAAAGUAUGCAUUUCCAACGGUUGAUGAAGUGGCCAAAAUGGUCUACUGUAAAUUUGGUAAUUUCAUCGCAACAGUCGAAUGUAAAACAUCAAAUUCCGGUGUGGAACAUUCCUUUUUACGCGUUUACACAAAUUGGACGAACUGUAAGACUGCAUCGAAUGACAAUAUUACAGAUAGCAUGAAUUUUAUGACAUGCAACGUAACGAUUCGUGCACGAAUUGCUGGUCGCGUUACACCAUCCACUAACAAUAUGAACUGUCUCGAAGUGAUUGAAAUACCAACAAUCGUUCAUAGUUGCAGUCAAAGUCAGAGCAGUCACCCUUACGAAUUGGCUGUAUGCCAACGCACCGGCACUAUUGUCUGUGCAAAUGAUCGAUUUUUAAAAAUCUACAAAUUUGACGAGUGUGUGAAUGAAAAUACGCAUUUCAAGUACAUUGACUUUCUCGAGGUACCGUUUGAGGUCGAAUUGGACUUUAUUCCAACGCAAUUGAGCAUCGAUGAGCACAUUGUUGGCACUGCCAAUUCAGAGUAUAUGUGUGUGUUUAAGAUUUCCGAGCACAGUUAUUUUAAUACGGCAAAUAGUUUGACCACAUCGUCAAGCUUAAGUGUUAUGGCACCGAUGCCAGUCUGUCCAUAUGUGGACACAUCCACAGACUCUGUAUUUGAUUAUCAAAAUGCGUCGAAGAAAUUUUUAACAUCGAUCACAUCGAAUAUUUCAUCGACAUUCGACCACCAAUCGAUGGAAAUGAAUGGAAAAAUGUGCAGAGAUCGGAGCAUUGAAUUGAAACCAAAUAAUAUUGAUAGUGCAAUUCCUUUGUGCACUCUGAGACAUUUUUCGGCGACAAAUGAUGAUGCAUACAAAGACUAUAUGCUCCGAAUUCUGGUACAAGUAAAACAGCACGAUGCAAACGAUCCAUUCCAGUGUUUGGUCUUAUCGCCAAUUUAUAGUCGAAAACAAAAGGAAUCGGAAACGUCAAACUUGUUUCGAACUCAUAAUGGCAGUGCUUUUAUUGGAAUUUCUGUGCUGCUUGCAACUGUGAAUGAAGGCUAUUUAUAUCAGUUCAGUAACAAUGAAAAAUGGACGAUAAAUGAAAAUGAUGCGCAAACAAAUGGUUUGAUAGCAACAUACUCCUUCACUUCGCCCAUAAUCAACGUUUGUGUUACGGAUUAUGUCAUACACGCAUUGACCGACCAUGGCAUCGAAACCUAUACUCAUAGCAUUGGACAUAAACUCUUCAACAAUAUUUACGAAUAUAGUGUGAAUGACGAACAGUAUAAUUCCGACGCUGCACCACGUUUGGAGGAGCAAAUUUGUUUGAUUGGCCUUCGGCCAUUUUUGGGUGUUCAACGAAUGUUUCACACGCCCGAAAAUCUCAUUUUAUUGGCACGAAGUCUUAAUUCACCGUUGAAUGCUGACAAAUCAAAGUUAAAAACAAAAACUGACUCGAUGUCCAGUUGGACUUUGUACAGUUUGAAAAUGUCACCACCGGAUGUGCUUUAUAAGGAUUUCAUUGAAUUGGCAGCCAAUCACAAGACUGGCUUAACCGAGUUGAUAACCAGUCAAAAUUCGGAUAAAGUUCGAAUCUAUUCACUGUUACUAAGCGAAGGGCACGUAAUUUUACGUAUUGCAAAAGAUAUUUAUACCAGUGAAUUGAACAAAUUCACGCCAAGUUAUUCAAAAGCGAUUGAUCUUUUAUUUCUUGAAUCAUGCCAUCAGUUGGCCGAUUUUUAUGUGAUGUCACAAAAUCGAGAUCAGUAUUGUUUAGCAUAUCCAUACUAUGUAAUGGGCGAUUUGAAAUUGAAUCAAGUAUAUAAUCGUAUUAUGACGAUCAUCGGUGACAUUCCACAGGAUUCAAAGUCGAUGGUUGGUGCUGUGCACACCCUGAAGACAUUGAUUCUAAAAUCAACCGAUGAACAUGAAGAACUGGCACGACGUUUGACGUCGACUGUUGAAACGAGCACAAAUCGAAAUUUUGGCGAGAAACUCAUGGAAUUUUUCGCAAAAUACGCACCAAACGAGUUGGCCGCAAUUGGACUGAAUUCCAUUAUAUUCCGCGACACCAUGGGUGGCAAAAUGUGUGAAAUCAUUUUACAAACAAACACCAGUGACCAAUUGACCAAAGAGGAUAAAUUGAUUUUAAUUCUGGAUGCGAUUCGUUGUGAUAGAAAAGAUCGUGCACUGGAUCUUCUGGAUAGUUUCAAUGCCGUUGAUUUGCAUCAUUUGCUCAUGUCAAAUUGGUCGCUUUUAUUCGAAACUACAACGGUUAAGAAAACCGGAAAAUCGAUAACAACAUUUUCCGAAGUAACGGAAUCAUAUCUGUUACCAGCGAGCAUUAAAAAUCAUGCGAUUCGAAGUGCACUAUUGGCAACAUUUCGAAAUUUAUUGAUCGAUUCGAAUGUCUUGAAUAUUGAAUUGAUUUUAAAAUUGUUCAUGGAUUUUCUUGCCACGAAUUUCGGUCAAAUUAAUUUGUACAUGAGUGUACAAUCGAUUCUGGAGCAUUUGCUUGAGGCAUACUUUCAUCGUUUAUACGUAGUUAGACGAUACAGUGAUACAUUGAGCAGUGCCAGUCAGGAUAUGCUCACAACAAAAAAUAUGCCGGAAUUUCAAUCAAGGUCGGGCAACAAUAAUGACAGUCUUGGUAGUACAUCGAGUGACAAUGCAACCACUUCAAUUGGAUUGAAUAGCAUCAAUAGUGGCCACAAAAUGAACGAUUCAACGCAAUCGGAAAUGAGGGGCUCAUCAACGAAUGGGGCUAAUGAUUUUACAUCCGGACGAAAACAUCCACAAAAUCUAUUCAGUUCAUCGUUUAAUGCUGAAGCGCUGAAAAUUUUGACGCGCAUUUAUUUGAGCUCAUUAAAAUCACAUACGAAUGAUUUGGAAAUGAAUACCGAUGAAAAAUCCAUUUAUAUUAAGUAUGUGAAAUUUUUGCGAGAAAAUUUUAAUCGUGUAUAUUCACAUCACAUAUCACAAAAUACAAACUGUGAUGGCCGAAGUUUAACCAUUGAUGAGACCAGAUUUUGCACGGAUUUCACUAAUAACGAUGCGAAAAAUGACAUUAAAUUAACUAAAAUUCCGAUCUUGUUCUUGUUGCAACGACCGUCGUAUUUGAAUGCAAUGCCACCUAUUGGACAGCUGGAAGCAACGGCUAGUAGUUUGAACGGGAAAGAAGAUGGUUUUGAAAAAACCGAAAAAGGAUCGAAAGCAAUUGGUGUUGUUUUGAAAUUGCAGUCCUUGCUCUCAAGCGGAAUUUUAACGCGUGAUAUUCUAAAGGAAGUUCUUCACUUCAUUGAGUCAAACAUUCCAUUUUUCGGUGUUGAUAGUUUUCUCGCACUUUUGAUGCCAUUUGAAAUGUGUAUCGAUUAUCUCAUCGAGAUGCGACCCGAAUAUUUGCUAGAUUACGCCAAGUGUGCUAGCACCGACGAACAAAAAUGGCAAUACGUUCUUACACAUAUUACGAUGCAAUUUGAUCGCAUUUCACAAAAUCGAUCACAAACAUUUUAUGAAACACUAUUGAAAGAUCAUCUGGACUAUUUGGUGCACACGAAACGUUUGCCCGAAGUUCUCAACAUCGUUCCGAUGAAAUACUUUGAUGAUGGCAUUGCACAAAUGAUAUCCAGAGCACAAGAGAAAAUUGAUAACGGUGAAAAUGUCGAAAAUGCUGAAAUAUUUCCGGAAAACAAUAACAAUGCGCUGAUUACAAAUUUCUUGAAAUCGGCCAUUGAUACCGAUCGUUCCGAGCGACUCAACGAAAUGAUUAAAACGACGGGAUUUCAACUGUACAAUACUUUCAUCGGUGGAAAUCAUCCGGACACCACCAGAUCGGCCGCUGACAAUUAACUGCUGUCAAUCAAUUAUGUGCUUCGCAUAUUUUAUAUAUACCCAUUCCAUAUUAGCGAAAUUUAUUUGUUUUGGCUUCUGUCUGUAGCCGACGAUCCUUUGAAAGUAUUUAAUGAUAAAUAUAUAGGCGAAUAUGUUGUUAGAAUGUCUAGUCAAUUUUACGGAGAGCUUUCGGCCCUUCUCAACUAUAUACAUACAAAAAUUAAUUCAUAUUAUACAAUUCAAUAGUUUCACUCAAUAUUUUACAUUUCCACACGCACCUAGUGUGUAGGCAAGGUAUAAUUCAGUAAUAAAGCUAGACUCUAUAUAUCGAGUAUUUUAGUUUUUAAAAAAAUGAUUCAUUGUUUUUCUAGACGAAAAAAAUCAUUGAACAUCGAAGAAGGGAUACUUGAAUUUGUUGAAUUUGACAGAGAUGCUGAGAAAUGCAUACUCACUGAGCGUGACUUAAUUUCAUCCCAGAACCUGUUUUGAGAUUGAAUUGCACAUACUUUCCGAAAUUAAAACGAACUCUGAAUUGUGACGUACAUCAACGACGCCAUUUAGAUUUAUGCAAAUUCAUAAUGACGACGCAAUUAAAUAUAAUUCGGUCAUUUACAAUAGUUUCGUUCAUUUUGUGAUAUUCUCAAUUUUGUUUUUUCAAUUCCAUUGAUUGAAUAUUUUCAUUAAACACAGUCCUGAUGACACAAGAAUCUUAAAAAGAAUUUCAAAUUCAUGUCAAACCA